AUGGCUGCGCUCUCUCAGCACUUGAGGAUCCUGCUGUGGAAGAACUGGCUGAGUGUCAAGAGGCAGCCGGUAUGGUCGUUCAUUUUAAUUUCCUGGCCUGUGGUUGUUUUCAUAAUCUUGGCCAUUAUCCGUCUCAAAUUCCCUCCAGAACCACAGCCAAACUGUUAUCUUGCACCCCGAAACCUUCCUAGUACAGGCUUCUUCCCAUUCCUGCAAACUGUGCUGUGUGAUUCAGAUGCCAGAUGUAAAGACACACCAUACACACCAGAAGAUCUGCUGCCAAGACUUAAUGACAUCUCAUCUUUCAGACUUAAGCGGAGGAGCUCAUCCAGUGUGGCCAAGGACAAACAUCCAUCACCAUGGAGUGCAGAGGUUCCUGAAAGCAGGAAUGUUAUUGCAGCAUUUUGGGAUUUGGUAUCUCAUGGAGAAAAAAAACUUUGGCAUAUUUCAUCACCAUCCAACUUGACUUCCAGCAUCAACAUGUUCAACAAAAUCCUUAAUUUUGGGAAGAGCCAGACCCAAUAUUCAACUGCAGCAAAUCUCAAAGUCAUUCUGUGUGAGGUCUUGUCGCGAUACAUAGCACAUCCCGGUCUCACUGAAGAGAAGAUGGCAGCCAAUAUCCACCGAACAUUCUGCUUUACAAACUCAUCACUUUUAGAGUCAUUUACCCAAGAGUUCAGAAGUCAGUUCUCUCAGGUGCAACGUGACCCCCAGUACCAGGCAGCGUUUGUCAGUGAAAUGGUCUCGUUUCUAAUGCUCAUCUACCAAGUGCAGAAUGACACCUCCCUGUGGCAUUUCCUUUUGCUGGCCCCAGAUGUGUUCCAGGGCAGCAUGCAACUGCAAGACAUAACUGAUUUCCUUCAGAAUCCAAGCAGUGUUGUGCUGGCAGCUCACAAUGUCUCUGCCUCGCUCGUGACUGAUGAUAGAUUCAAAACUGUUCAGAAUGGGGUUACAGAUCCUCCAUAUUCCCUGAACUGCUUGGAGCAAGAUAAAGAAAAAAGUUUGGUGACCAGAUAUAUUUGUAAUCUCUUUGCUAACUGGAAAGACAAUUGGACUUUAGUAUCUGAAUUGGAGGAAGUUCUGAGAAAAAUAAAGUCACCAGAGAUUGGUGGAAAACACUCCAAGAGGUCCAUUAAUUCAGAUGAUUUAGAAGCCAUACAAAAGUCUCUACAUCAUUUAAAAGGCUUUGAGAAAAAAAUGAAUAGAAGUGAAUUAAAAAGCUUAAAUCUAUUCAGAAAUUUGAAGAAUGAAACAUUACAGAAAUUGUAUGCAAUUCUUGAACUGGGAAUGAAUCCACAUCAUGAUUAUAAAUUAAAGGAAUCAUAUAAUAAGGAAAUAAUUGAUGAAAUCUAUAACUUCACAUCAGUGCAAUUAGAGAGUGACUUUAAUGGGACUUCCAUUUUCAAUAUAAUGACCCAGUGGAAAGAAAUUCAGAGUGCUUUAAAAUUAGCUACAGUGAUUUGGAAUCCAGUUCAGUUAAAUAAUUCUAAUUUUAGUACAGUGCAAACUAAGGAUGCUCUCAAAGUGUUGCUCUCCACUAGCACGCCAUCAUUUCUCGAAGACUUCAGAGACCGUUUAAAUGGAAUACAAGAAAUAGCAUCUUUGUUUUCUGAUUAUCUGCUUAAGCCGGUGUCCUACAACAACUUUGCAGACCAGAUCCUAGCUCUUCAGAAGAUAUUUUUUAUAAUGACAGACACAAAAAUAGGUUAUCAGUACCUACUGAUGCCUGUAUUUGAACUGAUGCGGAAAGUAGAAAGCUCCAUGGGUGAAGCCCAGUGGGAUGAGUUGAAUGCCUUUUGGCGCUUUGGGGAGAAACUGAGAUCGAUGAAGUGGAACAACACGGGCAUCAUAGCCUAUAGGCAGUUUUUAGAGGUAUUAAACAGCCAUUUACGAAAGCUGAAUAAUAAUUCAAAUGUCUUCAGUGAACAAUUAGAUCAACUGUCAGAAUUUAUAACAGCUGUGUUUAAAGAGUUUGGGGAAAACUCUGAAGUAGCCAAUAUCUCACUAGUCACUCAAGCCAUACAAAAGACCUUGUACAUAUUAAAAGACUUACAGCUGAAUUAUAAUGUCAGUAAAUUAAAAUCUAUAGAUCUUUUCUUUAAUUUUGACAAUAAAACCUUUGAGAGCUUGUCUGAACUUCUGAGGACAGGAAUGAAAAUCAUUCAUUAUACAAGUGCCAGUGAAGCUUCCAGUGAAGAAAUAAUUAACCAUGUCUAUAACUUAACACAUCUUCUACUUCAGCAGUCCAGUGAGUCUUCCUUAUGGCACAAUACUUCACUAGAGGCAAAAAUUUGGGAGUUCUUGCAUUUAGCCUUGAGCCCUUUCCUUGAGAACAGCAGCGGUUAUAGGACACCCCAGAACUGCUCUGCUCAGGACAUGCUCCACAUAGCACUUGAGAUGCUGUUUGAAGAUGCCACUCUAAGCGAGUCCUUAGCCGGGAGCCCCUGCAAACCCCUCUUUGAUUCCAUGGGCAUGGAGAGUGGAACAAUGCGCAAUGACACCUUUAAAGAAAUGUUCCAGCUUGCCACGACAAACCUGAAACAGUCUCCAGAGUUUGCUGCUGUCUACAAGAGCAGCAGUGAACGCUUUUCCAAGGAGCUGUCAUGCAUCAUCCAGUCUCUGCAUUUUUCUCUGAGUUUCCUUUCCAAAUUAAACCUGGUCUCUGAGCUGGAAAACUCUUGGGUACAGGAGAAGACAAGAGCUCUGACAGCUGUCACGGAUGGGCUUCUGCGUGGUAAUGCCUCCUGUCCCAUCCCAGUCCAAGAUGUGGGUGACGUGCUCCCAUCUCAGCUUUUGAACAUGCUUAGUCCUUUCAUGCUGAAUGAAACAGCACUAAACUCCCUAAAUUUCUCUGGCAGCUUAGCAGGCUGGAAUAACCUGUCCAUGCUCUUCAGUGUAGCACAGGAUGAUCUCCACAUGAAUGAUCUGCUGCAGAGACUCGAAGGCGCCUUCAACCUCACCAAAUGGAGUUAUUACUCAAGCAUCUGGGAUGCGGUUGACAGUUUCCUAAACACCAAAAGGGAUCUAAUGGAAGCAGCUGACUUUGCAAAGUUGUUGGAAGCAGUGGCAAAUGGCUCUGCCAACAAGGUGUCAGCUCUAGAAAUCAUAGAAGCCAGUCACUACAUUCUCGAGAGGCUGAACGUCUCUUAUCUGCUAAAUGAAUUUGAUAAAAGUUCCAGUUCGGCUUUUGUCUCUAACAAAACUAGUUUUGACAGUGUGUUUGAUAUUGUCGCUCAUCACUUCAUUGUCCUGGCAGAAACCCUGUACAACAAGACCCUACCUUGGACUCAGAGUGACCAAACUCUGUCACCAACCAGUUUGAUCUCACAAUUUCUGUUUUUAGAAUUUGAAAACACCAUCUUACAGGUGACAGUGAAUAACAGCUAUAACCAUUACCUGAUGUGUUUAAUAAAUGCCACUGAAGUUGAAGACAGCAAAUUGACAGAAAACAUCACACUGCUUUUGAAGCCAACUCAUCUGAAGAAGAACUCUUUUAUGCAAAAUAAUACCUCUGAGAAACAUUCAUCCAUACCAGAGCUCCUGAAGCUAAAAAUUUCUCGCCUCCGGGAUCUGACAACACUUCUUUGUGACUAUGAGAGCUUUAAGUCGAUACAGCAUAUUUGCCAUCUCCCUAAUGUUAGCUUUGGAGAACUGUGUGAACAAAGUCAAACUCGUGAGCAGCUCCUCCGUGCUAUUGAACUGAGCAAUCAAGUUGUGACCAAUGUACUGAAUCACAGAAGAAUCUCACAAGAGCUGCAAAAUAUACUGAUUGGGGAUGCCACAAAUAUCCAGGCACAAAUGAAGUGGUUUCAAGAAAAUGUACCAGAAAUUGCUUUCUUUCAAGAGAUCCCUCAAUAUAUGACUACUUUGAAUUCCAUGUUGAACAUCACUGAGAAUUUAACAGAUUCCAGCAAGCAAGAAAAGUUAAGAGAUGUGUUUAAAAAUGUGGACCAGCUCAAACAGGAUCUCAAAAAUGCAACAGGAAUGUCCACAGCCAGUAUUGAUGCUCUUCUGGAAGCAUCUCUACCGGAAAACAGCAGUCAGCUCAUUUCUCAGAUCAUUCAGCUGGAGUCUUGUCAUGUCCGUCCUGCUGACCCACAGCUGCAAACAGUAGCGGAGGAGUUCUGCAAUCUCCCUCUUUCAGAGAGGACUCGUGAGAUGUACAUCCUGGGGAUCACACUGUUACGACACGUAGACAUUUACAAUUUCUUAUACAAGAUGUUUUUCCCUAAGGAACUUCAGAAACCCAUGGACAAGAUGUUAGGCCUUCUGACAAAAAUGAAAUAUUUCAGACACCAGAUUGAAUCUGGCGUUGAUCCAUUGCUACAAGCUAUUCAUUCACUGAAAAAGCUCCGUCAGUCUAGAAAUGUGCCACUGACUAAGGCGUUAUUUAAACCAAACAACUUUAGGAUAACACGUGGCACAUUUAAGUCCAUGUCAAAAGUUCUCUGCAACCAGGAGAUCACACCCCUGUUUUUUGAGUCCUUGCUUCCAGAUUUUGGAGACCCUGUAAUCAACAGUUCUUCUGUGGAGGAUGUCUAUGUCCAAAAGAUGAUGAGGAAAUAUGGGAUUCCUCAUGACUCCACACCGUUUUGCUUAUCCUUUUACCUGGACCUGGUCAAGACCCCAACUGGAGCUUUAAUUUGGUCUUUUUUAAAACCAAUGGUGCUUGGGAAGAUCCUUUAUACACCAGAUACCAUAGAAACUCGAGCAAUCAUGGGAAAGUCUAAUGCAACCCUGAAGCAGAUGGCUGAUCUAGCCCUGAAGUCCCAGGAGUGGUUGGACAAGUCUCCUGUCAUCAUGAAUUCACUGACUGAGUUAAACCAGACAUUUCCAAUGAUCAAGAACACCCUGCAGAAUCCCUUUGUGCAGGUUUUUAUCAAGCUGAUGGUGGAUUUGGAUGCAGCUGAACUGCUGAGUCAAAUAAACGAACUGGAUGAUAUUCGGCUGGAAUUACAGAACAACGCUGACAUUGUCAAGCAGCUGAAUACGUUAGCUACCCUUGCUGUAAAUGUGUCCUCCUGUGUCUCAUUUAAUCGUAUUCGGGCAGUCAAAAGCUUAGAGGAAAUGGAAAUGGUGGCUAAAGAGCUCUUUCUGAAGAACGAGCUUUUUGCAAGUAUCAUUUUCAAGCUGCCUUCAAGCAGUAGUAGCCCUGGACGCUCAGUUCACAAGGACGUAUCCCUCCCUCCUGUGCUCAACUACACCAUCCGAAUGAGUAGCAGGAUCACGCAAACCACCAACAGAAUAAGGGAGCGCAUCUGGACAGUGGGCCCGCACAAUUCCACCUCGCAGAGCCAGAUUUACAGCCGGGCAUUUAUUUAUAUCCAGGACAGCAUUGAAAGAGCCAUUAUCCAAUUACAGACUGGCAAGAAUCCAGAGGAAAUAGCUGUUCAAGUGCAGGCCAUGCCUUACCCCUGCUACAAUAAGGAUAUGUUCUUAACCAGCGUGACCUACUCUCUUCCAUUUGCUCUGAUGGCUGCCUGGGUGCUGUUUAUAGCUGAUUUUGUUAAAACACUUGUUCAAGAGAAAGAUCUGAGGCUUUAUGAGUACAUGAAAAUGAUGGGUGUUAAUGCCAGCAGCCAUUUCAUCGCCUGGUUCAUAGAGUGCGCCAUCUUCCUUCUAAUUACUGUCACCUUCCUCAUCAUUGUUCUAAAAGUGGGUGACAUCCUUCCCAAAACAAACACAGCGCUCCUGUUCCUGUACCUUAUGGACUACAGCCUGUCCAUCAUAGCCAUGAGCUACUUCAUCAGUGUUUUCUUCAAUAACACCAACAUAGCAGCCUUGGUGGGCAGUCUCGUGUACAUCCUCACCUUCUUCCCCUUCAUCGUGUUGCUAGUCAUCGAGAAUCAUUUGAGCUUCUCUGUGAAGAGCCUGCUGAGCCUGUUGUCUCCAACUGCGUUCAGUUAUGCAAGUCAAUACAUUGCUCGAUAUGAGGCACAGGGCAUAGGUCUGCAGUGGGACAACAUGUAUAAGUCCCCAAUGAUUGGAGACAACACUUCCUUUGGCUGGAUGUGCUGGCUCAUUCUGAUAGACUCUUUCAUUUACUUCAUCCUGGGAUGGUAUAUAAGGAAUGUUUUCCCAGGUAGAUAUGGCAUGGCUGCUCCCUGGUAUUUCCCAUUGCUUCCAUCUUACUGGAUCGAAUACAACAGUUACCUCCCCUUCUGGAAUGAGAAACGAAGAGGCCUUUUCUUCACCAAGCUGAUGUUAAGGAAAGAAGCCACCCUCAAUAAUAAGAUAUGUGCCCCCCCUCCUCACCUGGAACCGGAGCCCACUGAUCUCACCUUGGGAGUCUCCCUCCAUGGCAUAACAAAGCUUUAUGGAUCCAAAGCUGCAGUGGACAACCUCAGCCUCAACUUCUAUGAGGGGAAUAUCACUUCCCUGCUGGGACACAACGGAGCCGGGAAAACUACAACCAUAUCUAUUUUGACUGGAUUGUUCCCUACAUCAUCGGGUACUAUCUUUGUGUAUGGCAAAGACAUCAGGACUGACCAGGAAGUUAUCAGGAAGAACAUGGGGGUUUGUAUGCAGCACAACGUGCUCUUUAACUACCUCACCACAAAGGAACACCUGCUGCUCUACGGGUACAUCAAAGUCCCUCACUGGAGUGAGCAGGAGCUCUACCAAGAAGUGAAGAGGACCUUGAAGGAGACUGGACUGUACAGCCAUCGUCACAAGCUAGCUGGCUCCCUGUCUGGGGGGAUGAAGAGGAAGUUAUCUAUAGCUAUUGCUCUCCUGGGUGGAUCAAGGGUGGUGAUACUAGAUGAACCAACCACAGGGGUGGAUCCGUGCUCUCGGAGAAGUAUUUGGGAAAUUAUCUCCAAGAAUAAAAAAGGCAGAACCAUCAUUCUCUCAACACAUCACUUGGAUGAAGCAGAAGUUCUGAGUGACCGAAUUGCCUUCCUAGAGCAUGGAGGGCUCAAAUGUUGCGGUUCACCAUUCUACCUCAAGGAAACGUUUGGUGAUGGAUACCACCUGACCCUCACAAAAAAGAAGAACAUGAUAGAGGAGUGUGACACCACAGCAGUGACCUCCUUGAUCCAGUCCCACCUCCCAGAGGCUUAUCUCAAGGAGGAUAUUGGUGGAGAGCUUGUGUAUGUGCUUCCCCCCUUCCAGUCCACAGUCUCAGGGGCCUACCAGACACUUCUCAGAGCCCUCGAUACCAGCUUGAGUGAUCUCCACCUUGGUUGCUACGGGAUUUCAAACACAACUGUGGAAGAGGUGUUUCUCAAUCUGACAAAAGAGCUAGUGAAGGACCAGCAAGGAGAUGCUGAACUGCCCCUGCAGCUGCCUGGAGCCAGUGGUCAAAUUGGCAGUGACGAAAUAUCUAUGAGCACGGAUACCUUCACAGAAAGAGACGAUCAGCUCCUGAUUAGAUCAAAAAGCCUGCAGGGUUUGCCAUUGCUGCUUAAGAAGACAUCAGCUUUGUUCAUUAAGAGAUUCCACCACACCCGUCGGGAUGUCAGAGGCUUCAUUGCUCAGGUUAUCCUUCCAGUCCUCUUUGUGAUGGCUGCGAUGGGACUUGGGACACUGAGAACUAAGGAGACCGAAUAUCCUGAACUGAUUCUUUCACCGUCUCUGUAUGGCACAUCAGACCAGGCAGACUUCUUUGGGAAUUUUAAUGAAACCACAGAUGCUUUAGUUGCUUCGAUGCUUGCUUUCCCUGGAACGGAUAACACGUGCAUGAAUGAAAGCAAUUCGCAGUGUUUAAAAGAGGACAUGCUUGGCCAGUGGAUUUUCAGUGGAAACCAGAGAACUGAGUAUUCUGCCUGCAACUGCACAGAUGGCAUCCAGACAUGUCCACAGACGAACUACACUCCCCCUCACAGAAGGACCUUCUCCACGCGGACACUUUAUAACCUUACAGGGCACAAUGUGGAGACCUACAUUCUGGCAACUACCAAAGACUUCCUGCAGAAACGGUAUGGUGGCUGGAGCUUUGGGAUGCCUUUGACAACAGAUCUCCAGUUUGAUAUCAGGCCAGUGCCCCCCAACAGAACAUUGACUAAGGUAUGGUAUAAUCCCGAAGGUUAUCACAGCCUUCCAGCCUAUCUCAACAGCUUGAACAACUUCAUUCUUCGAGCUAACUUGCCAAAAAAUGAGACUUCCAGAUAUGGUAUUUUCUUAUCCGCUCACCCAUAUCCUGGAGGACAGAGUCAAGAACAAGUAAUGCUCAACAGCUUACUCGACAUCAUAGUUUCCAUGUCUGUUUUGGUUGGCUACUCUAUCACAACGGCAAGUUUUGUUCUCUACGUGGUAAAAGAACAUCAAACCAAAGCCAAACAACUGCAGCAUAUUUCAGGCAUUGGGAUGACAAGCUAUUGGGUGACUAACUUCGUUUAUGAUCUGGUACUUUUUACAGUCCCUAUUGGACUCUCAAUAGGAGUUAUUUCAUCCUUCCAGAUACCAGCUUUCUGCAACAACAAUAACUUACUGGCAGUAUUUCUUCUGCUGUUACUCUUUGGAUAUGCAACGUUUUCAUGGAUGUACCUGCUGGCUGGGUUUUUCAAAGAAACGGGAAUGGCCUUCAUCGUUUAUGUCUGUGUCAACUUGUUCUUUGGCAUCAAUACCAUCAUUACUCACUCGGUUGUGUUUCUGCUCUCCCAGGAAAAAGCCAUGGACCAGGGCUUGCAUGAUCUCGCUGAAAACUUAAGGCAUGUGUUCCUUAUGUUCCCACAAUUUUGCUUUGGCUAUGGCUUGAUCGAACUGUCGCAGGAUCAGGCACUGGUGGGCUUCUUGAAAGCCUAUGGAGUGGACUACCCUGACAAAACCUUUGAGUUGGACAAGACCACAUCCAAGCUGUUUGCCAUGUUUAUCCAGGGCACCGUGUUUUUUGCCAUUCGUCUUACAGUUCACGACAGGAUGAUUCAGAGACUCUGGAACAACAUACUAGAGUUCCUGUUUGACAGAGUGCACGGCAAAGCAUCGCUUCUGUCAACUGCAGUGGAAGAGGAUGGGGAUGUUCAGGCAGAGAGGAACCGGGUGGAGUCUGGCAAAGCUGACUUUGAUGUGGUGCAGCUCCAGAAUCUCACAAAGAUCUACCACCUUCCUCACAAACGCAUUGUGGCUGUGAAAAACAUCAGCCUUGGGAUUCCUGCCGGAGAGUGCUUUGGCUUGCUUGGUGUGAACGGAGCUGGAAAGACGACCAUCUUUAAGAUGUUGACAGGCGAUAUCGGAGCAUCCAGCGGAAGGUUGCGGGUCCAGGAUCAUUCUGGGUCCUUGAAUGACAUCAGUGAGGCACACUGGUCACUCUUUGGCUACUGUCCUCAAGAAGAUGCCUUGGAUGACUUGCUGACUGUGGAAGAGCACAUGUAUUACUAUGCCAGGCUCCAUGGCAUCCCAGAGAGAGAGAUCAAAGGAGUUGUACUCCAGCUUCUCCACCGUCUGAAUCUGAUGGCCUACAAAGACAGAGUCACCUCUAUGUGCAGUUACGGCACUAACAGAAAAUUGUCAACAGCUCUGGCUCUCAUUGGGAAUCCAUCAAUUCUGCUGCUGGAUGAACCGAGCUCUGGAAUGGAUCCAAACGCUAAACGCCACCUUUGGAAAAUCAUCAGUGAGGAAGUGCAGAACAAAUGCUCAGUGAUACUCACAUCCCACAGCAUGGAAGAAUGUGAAGCCCUCUGCACCAGGCUGGCUAUUAUGGUGAAUGGGAGUUUUCAGUGCAUUGGCUCUUUGCAGCAUAUCAAAAGCAGGUUCGGAAGAGGCUUCACUGUGAAGAUGCACUUAAAUAGCAACACAGUUAACACCGAGGCACUGACAGAGUUCAUGAAGUCACACUUCCCAAAUACAUGCCUGAAGGAUCAGCAUUUCAGCAUGGUGGAGUAUCACGUUCCAGUCUCUGCAGGAGGGGUAGCAAAUAUAUUUGAUCUCUUGGAAGCCAGCAAAGCAGCCUUCAAUAUCAGGCACUUCUCAGUGAGUCAAACAACGUUAGAGGAGGUUUUCAUCAACUUUGCUAAAGAUCAAGCAGAUCCUGACAGCAUGGAUGCAGGUCCUGAUGUGACACUGGACAGCUCUGACACAAGUAGCCAAGAUAGCACCACAAGCUCCAUCUAUUGA